AUGGCCAGAGACGGUGGCGUUUCUUGUCUACGGAGGUCGGCGGAGAUGAUGAACGUCGGAAUCGAAUCUGCACCGUUGGAUUUAGACGAAGUUCACGUCUUAGCCGUCGAUGACAGCCUCGUUGAUCGGAUUGUCAUAGAGAGAUUGCUUCGUGUUACUUCCUGCAAAGUUACGGCGGUAGAUAGUGGAUGGAGAGCUCUGGAGUUUCUAGGGUUAGAUAACGAAAAAGCUUCUGCUGAAUUCGACAGAUUGAAAGUUGAUUUGAUCAUUACUGAUUACUGUAUGCCUGGAAUGACUGGUUACGAGCUUCUCAAGAAGAUUAAGGAAUCGUCUAAUUUCCGAGAAGUUCCUGUUGUAAUAAUGUCAUCGGAGAAUGUAUUGACCAGAAUCGACAGGUGCCUUGAGGAAGGAGCAGAGGAUUUUUUACUGAAACCGGUGAAACUCGCCGACGUGAAACGUCUGAGAAGUCAUUUGACGACCAAAGACGUUAAACUUUCAAACGGAAACAAACGGAAGCUUCCAGAAGAUUCUGAUUCCGUUCACACUACUUCUCUUCCGGCGACGACUCUUCCACCGUCUCCGCCGUUGACUAUCUUGUCGGACUCUUCUCCGUCGUUAUCUCCGGUGGAGAUGUUUUCGUCUUCGGCACUUUCUUCUCCGAUAGACGAUGAAGAUGGCGAUGUUUUGCUGACAUCGUCGCCGGAGUCUUCGCCGACGACGGAGGAGGAAUCGCCGAUCCGACGACAGAAGCUGAGGAGUCCCGGAUUAGAUUAG